AUGAGAAUACGACUCCCAGUUGCAGGCGCCUUCCUGGUCUUGCUGCUCAUCGCUGCCUACGCUGGCCUAACUUCGAUACAGCUUGGUCAAUAUGUCAAUGAUAAAGUGCUCCACUUCAUUACGUUUUUCAUACUCACCGUCGUGUUCUACUGGAUUGUCGAUACCAACAGACGGCGAGUCAUGAAUAUGACCUUGGUAGCCUGCACAAUCGUUCUUGGUGUUGGUUCCGAAUUCGUUCAGAGCUUUCUCGACAAUGGCCGGGAAUUUGAUUUGUACGACAUCGUUGCGAAUCUGAUGGGAAGCUUGCUCGGUGUUGGUCUAUGCUCAUGGUACCACAAGCGUAUGCUUGAGCGCAAACGGCGUAGACGGUACAGUGCCGUUCCUGGUGAGGAUCAGGGCGACGUCGAGCUUGGCGAAGGCCACGAAUCUGGUGUGGUGGAAGUGGCGAGUCGAUCUCGUACUCUAGAAGAAGAGGUUGAUAACUGGGACGAGAAUCAGAUCGACGAUGAUUGGGAUGAGGAAGAAGCCCAUGAUGUUCCAGCCAACACACAUACGCUGGACGACAGUGCCGAUAUCGGGGAUUUGGCAGACAGUAAGAAACGAAUGGACUAA